ACACGUUUCUGGUGGAAAUGACGGACAUCGUCGACGAGUCAUCGCUUGUGCUCACUGUUAGUGCUGGUGAUAUUGGCACUGUGUCUCAGUUGUGUUUGUAAUUGCUACUGUUCCAUUUAUCGUGCACGGAAAAAUUACAAGGAUCCUUUCGCGUGUCGUUGCGUCGAGCUGGAUCUGGCAGUGAAAAGUCGAACUAUCGCGAGAACAUGAAGGAGCUUUUAUUCGUGUUCAGCGCGUUUCUAGCUGUAUCUACAGCUAAUGUGAUUAUAACAGCUGAACCACAAAAUAGUCAUUCUCUUUUGGGUAAAGAUGAAUGUACAUGGGGUCCAAGUUAUUGGUGUGAAAACCUAAAGACAGCCAAGGGAUGUGGCGCUGUGAAGCAUUGUAUCCAACAAUAUUGGAAACAGAUGGAAGUCCCGGAGGAUACUGACAGUGUAUGUGGAAUUUGUAAAGAUAUGGUGCAACAAGCGCGUGAUCAAUUAGAGAGUAAUCAGACUCAACAAGACUUGAAAGAUGUCUUUGAGGGUAGCUGUAAACUUAUUCACAUCAAACCAAUUGUCGAUGAAUGCAUCAAAAUUGUGGAUGAAUUUGUUCCUGAACUUGUAGAAACAUUAGCAUCUCAGAUGAAUCCAUCUGUAGUUUGUUCUGUCGCAGGACUCUGUAAUAAUGCACAUAUUGACAAAUUGCUUGCUGAACAUCAAGCAGUGCUGUUGAAGAAGAGCAGAACAAAGUCGAUUGUAUUGAAAGAUGACGAGCUUGAACCUGAUGAGUGUAGUAAAUGUUACACGAUAGCAAAGCAUAUGGAAAAUAAGAUGCAACAUACAUCACGCGACUCAAUGCUUUUGCGGAUGUUAAAUAUAUGUGGCGAAUUUAGUUCUUUUUCUGAUGCCUGUUCUGAUAUUAUUAUGUCUCAUUUUAACGACAUCUACGAACAUAUACUGAAGAAUUUUAAUGCAGAUAGUUUAUGUCAUCUGUCUGGACAAUGCAGCAGCAAAUACCAUAAACAUGAGGAUAAUACCAAUGCGAUUCCAAAAGUAGAGAUAACACCGUUGUCGAGUGUGGGCAUGGUAGAAGUUGAUGAUGAUUUACCAUGCAAGUUGUGCGAGCAACUUGUAGGUCACUUGAGGGAUCUUCUGGUUGCGAAUACAACAGAAAUAGAAUUUAAGCAUAUUCUCGUAGGUCUCUGCAAGCAAACAAAAUCUUUUAGCGACGAGUGUCAGGCCAUAGUUGAUCAAUAUUAUACACAAAUUUACGAAUAUCUAACUAAAGGAUUAAAUAGCAAUAUUGUCUGUCAAAUGACUGGAAUUUGUCCUUCUCCAGGCAAGAUGGAGGGACCAAUUUGGCCUUUAGUAUCAGAAGAAUCUGCACGGUUAGGAUUAAGCGUAAUGAAUAAUAACCAACAUGAAAGAGAAGUUGAAGUCACUAUCGGUCAAGAGCGUCCAAAAUCGGAAGUUGAAGAGAUGCAAUUGCCAUUGGAAAGACUAGUAUCAUUCCCUCUAUUGCAAGUUGAAGGUGUUGAAGGAAAGGAAGCAUGUGCAUUGUGUGAAUAUUUAUUGCAUUAUAUACAAGAUGCUAUUUCAAAUCCUGUUACCGAGGAAAAGGUCAAGCAAAUUCUUGGGAAAAUGUGUAAGAAGUUACUUAGCAUUCAGAACAAGUGUCAAGAAUUUAUAGAUAUUUACGGAGACGCGAUUGUAGCCAUACUCGUUCAACAAAUCGAUCCUUCACAAGUAUGCCCGAUGAUACAUAUUUGCCCGUCGAAAGAAUUAUUGCAAAUGUGGGAGCAAAUUCCUCGUAGAUUUGUUCAUGAGGAGGUGCAGGAUAAGCCAAAUUGUCCUCUUUGUCUUCUAGCAGUGACACAAAUUUACGAUAUUAUCAAGAAUAACAAAACUGAGGCUACCAUCGAAGCUGAAUUAGAUAAAUUGUGUAUGCACUUACCACAUAGCUUAAUUGAACAAUGUACCGAUUUUGUGAAGGAAUAUAGCAAAGAGCUCGUAGAGUUGCUACUAGCAGAUUUGACACCUCAAGAAAUAUGUACUUAUCUUAAAUUGUGUGAUUCGACCAAAGACGUUGGUCCAAGGCAGGUUUCUCCCAUUGAAAAAGAUAGAGAGAUACUUACUAAUGAGAUACCCGACUAUCCGUUAACCUCCACAGAACCAAAAAAUCUAAUUGAUAACGGAAUGUGUAUAGUUUGCGAAUACGCGAUGCAGUAUAUCGACAAAGCAAUUGGUAAUGAAAAGACGCGAGAAAAACUUGAGAAGAUGGUACACGGUGUAUGCAAUCAUCUACCAAAGUCACUUGCCUCAGAGUGCAAUCAAUUUGUUGAUAAGUAUGCUGAUGUUGUAAUAACUAUUUUAUCACAAGACGUUACUCCUAAAGAGGUCUGUGUCAUGAUGAAUCUUUGUAAGAAUAGCGUACCACAUGUUAAAGAAUCUAUAAUGGAAUGUGGCCUAUGUCGAGCAGUUAUAUCGCAAAUUGAUCAUGAUCUAGAUGAUCCAAGAGUUGACGCUAAAAUUGAAGAUGCUGUUUCCAAUGCGUGUGAGCAUCUAUUACCGUAUAAAUACAACAUGUGUAACACGAUGGUGAAAAUUUAUGGGCCGAGUAUAAUACAUAUGUUGAAAAAUCACGUAAACAGUGAAAAGAUAUGCGACGAAGUUGCUUUGUGCAUUAGGGAUGAAUACGCCAUGGUGUCAUUAAACGUUAGUUCACGCGUGUCACGAUCGAUUAAUGAGAAAAAAUGCACAUGGGGUAAGUCUUUCAUAUGCAAAGACAAGAACCUAGCUGAAUUCUGUAACGUUACGAAGAUGUGCGAAGAUGAAUGGAAAGAAUAGAGAGAUUAUGUAAAUUGCAUGAACCGGCUGAGUGAGAACAGAAUGUGAAUGAAUUGGAAGAGAAGUUACCAACAGUGGGUCUACCAACGAACAGUGAGGUAUUAUUCUCAACUGGAAGUUAGGUUUUUUGAAGAUUCUAAUUGUAGCGAAUAGAUCGUAUUUCGUGUUAUAUUAUUGUAAAGAUGAUCUUUAUAUAAUCCCUAUUGUAUCGAAAUAAUGUAAUAUCGACCAGUGUCGAUACUGUAAGCGUCACGCAAUCUUCCUCGAACAAAAAUUAUGCGUAGUAUAUUCACUUUUAAAUUAACAUGACAAACGUUUACUUAUAGCACGCAGGAAUGUCUUUUCUUCCACUAUAUAAAAUAAGUUUGCAAGUUUGUAAUCUAAAUGGAACAGCGUUGCAAUAUUAAGAAGAUUUAAAUAUAUGAAUCUAUGCAAUUUCUUUUUCUCCAAUAUAUUUAGUGAACAAUGAAAUUUUUGCUAUGUUAUAUAAUUUCGAGUUCCACUGUGAUGAUGGUAAAAUAAAGAAUACAAAAACUGC